CCCGUCCUCCUCCUCUCUCCAUACUUCCGCUCUCCAGGGUUCGUUUCCCCUCGGAGCCGAAACCCUAGCCGCCGCCGCCGACGACCGCGAGCAGGCUCAGAUGGGAGGCAAGUGCCCGCACCGCAAGGUCAAAAAGCGCCGUCUCAACUGCAAGCAGGUGCGCCGCGGCAAGUUCCUCGUCAAAGCCGACGACGCCGUCUACGACGAGCUCGUCAAGCUGGCCGACCAGGGCAAGGAUUCCGAGGGCAAGGCGCUUCCCGUCGACGAGGACCUCCCCGGCAUGGGCCAGUUCUACUGCCUCCACUGCGAUCGGUACUUCGCGGAUGAGACCGUGAAGGAGGAUCACUACCGCUCAAAGCGCCACAAGAAAAGGGUCAAGCAGUUGUCUGGACCAGCCCCACACACGCAAAUAGAUGCCGAUCUCGCUGGUGGAAUGGGAAUGCCGGACAACGGCUUGAAGCUCAUGUCUUCCUGAACUUUGUGAUCGUUGUUUGAUGUUUUUAUUGCUGUUGCUAUACAUCUGUACCAACUUUGCUUGAUUUGUAACAUGCAAAUAGUCGCUUCGGUCGAAGAGGUUAGGAUUAUAUAUUUCUGUGUCUGCCUCAUGCUUGCCAGCUUUUAUCUACAUUGAGAACGAGUUACCUAUCUGCGUCUGGGACAAAAUGUCAAUGAUUUAGCAGCAGAUUAUGUACUAUGAAUUGGAACUCCAUAGUGGUAUUCUCAUCAGCUUGAA